AUGACUAAUUCAAAAAGAAAUAAUCAUGCUUCAUCAAAAAAAUUUGGAUUGAUGCAACAAGGUCAACAAAAAAUCAAAUUAGAUAUCAAAAAGCCUCGUUCGAUCCUACCACCUUUAGAGUUACCUUACCCACCAAAAAUUGAAUUAGAUAGUGUUGUGGCUAAACUUGUAUCAAAACCAAAAUUGGCACGUUUCCCUAAUGCCUUUAUCAUGUAUCGCAAUGAAUAUGUUCAGUAUUUAAAAGCUAAAAAUAUUCAUCUAUCGAUGACUGAAUUGUCACCCAUGGUCGCAGCAUCUUGGAAGAGAGAACCCGAAUUUGUAAAAGAUACCUAUACUCAAUUUGCUGGUGAGGCUGAAAAAUUGUAUAUAAGAGCAGCUGCUUGUCAACAGCAACAAAGAAUAUAUAAAUUUCAAACAACCAUGUUUUCUCCAGCCACAUUUGAUGAUGAAUCCAGUCAAUCGUCAUCACCACCAGAUUUCAAUCAAGAUAUUAUUCAUCAUCAUCAAGAGAUUAUUAUUGGUGAUCCAAAUCCAAUCAUAACAACAACUACAACAAAUAAUAAUGAUAAUUUAUUGUUAUCUAACAUUGAAACAACAUAUUAUGUUGCAAAAGCUCUCAUGGCUGAAAUUGGUACUGAAUUUAUGAAACAAGCGCUUGUUCAGACAAUGAAUGUUCUGAAGAAUCUUCUUAUACAACAAACGAAACUUUUUUCAGCUUACUAA